UCUCUUUUAGAAUUUCAAUACACAACCCAACGUGGGACAUCAAAAACCUACCUUAUAAAUACAAGGGCUGUAGGUGAUUGCAGACAUAUUUCAUCAUCAUGUCGGAGAUAUCAGUGUUACUGGCUCAUGCUGAACAGGCGGAGGCUGAGAUCAAGAGACUGGAAGAAGAGAUACAGACCCUACAGAACCCUCAGAAGCUCUUGGCGGAGGGGGUGGUGUCCCCUCAGUUGGAAGCUCUACAGAAUGAGAAUUCCAAGCUCAAAUAUCAGAUCAACAUAUUAAAAAGGAGUAUAGCAACAGAGAAGUCCAGAAAACCCAACCACAUGAUCAGUAUCAGCAGCCUCGUGGAGGACGUGUUUGGGCUGGCGAUUCGUAAGGCCUUCCCUGAUGUCGAUAACCCACCUGUAAUGAUACAGGGUAGCUCAAAAUUUGCUGACUAUCAGUGUAACAGUGCAAUGAACAUUGCCAAGAUUCUAAAGGAAAAGGGACAAGGAGCCAAUCCACGUGACAUUGCAGACAAAAUCAUUCAACACCUCCCUCAGUCUGACUACUUUGAAAAGGUUGAGGUUCAAGGGCCAGGAUUUAUCAAUAUAUUUCUCAACAAAGACUUUGUAGCUGACCAAGUGGGUGAGCUGUUGAACCGAGGGGUAAGGCCACCAAGGUUAGGGGUCAAACGAAGGGCACUCGUGGAUUUCUCCUCCCCUAACAUCGCCAAAGAAAUGCAUGUGGGACAUCUUAGGUCUACAAUUAUUGGAGAAAGUAUCUGCCGUCUGCUUGAAUGGGUCGGCCAUGAUGUUGUGAGGAUUAAUCACCUUGGAGACUGGGGCACUCAGUUUGGCAUGCUCAUCGCCCACCUGAAGGACAAAUUUCCUAAUUACAAGGUGGUCUCCCCACCCAUUGGUGACCUGCAGGCUUUCUACAAGGAGUCAAAAGCUCGAUUUGAUUCCGAUGAAGCAUUCAAAAAGAAGGCAUAUGAAGCAGUGGUUCAGUUACAGAGCUACGACAAAGAUCACAUCAAUGCCUGGAAACUUAUUUGUGAUGUCUCACGAAAAGAGUUCCAAAAGAUAUAUGACCGUCUUGGUGUGUCUAUAAUUGAAAGAGGAGAAUCGUUCUACCAAGAAUUGAUGAAAGAUGUGGUCAAGUUACUAGAAGAGAAAGGGAAGCUAGAGCUGGAUGAUGGGAGGAAGAUCAUGUUUGUACCAGGAUGUUCAGUUCCUAUGACCAUUGUUAAAUCAGAUGGAGGAUUUACCUACGACACAUCCGACAUGGCCGCCAUUCGGCAUCGACUGUUUGAUGAAAAGGCGGACUGGCUGAUCUAUGUAGUAGAUGCAGGACAGGGUUCCCACCUUCAGCAAGUGUUUGCCGCUGCUGAGGACCUUGGGUGGUACAACAAGAAGCUGACACGGGUGGAACACGUGGCGUUCGGAGUGGUCCUAGGCGAAGACAAAAAAAAGUUCAAAACUCGAUCUGGGGAUACUGUACGUCUUGUAGACCUGUUGGAUGAAGGAAUAAGCAGGGCAGAGCAGAAACUGGUGGAAAAAGGCAGAGACAAGGAACUGACAAAAGAAGAGUUGGAAGCAGUGAAGAGAGCGGUGGCCUACGGUUGCAUCAAAUAUGCUGACUUAUCUCACAACAGAAACCACGAUUACGUCUUCUCAUUUGAUAAGAUGCUGGAUGAUCGAGGUAACACAGCUGCCUACUUACUCUACGCUCUGACAAGGAUCAGAUCAAUAGCAAGGAAUUCAAACAUUUCUCAAGAAGACUUGAAACAAGCUGCACGGACAACAAGGAUAGAUCUAGGACAUCCCAAGGAGUGGAAGCUCGCUAAGUGCAUCCUAAGGUUACCAGAGGUCAUUCUCCGUUGCCUUGACGACCUGCUACUGCACACGCUCUGUGAAUACCUCUAUGAACUAUCUAACACUUUCACUGAAUUCUAUGACAGUUGUUACUGCAUAGAGAAAGACAAAGCAACAGGAGCAAUAGUGAAAGUCAAUAUGAGCCGCCUUUUGUUGUGUGAAGCUACAGCUAAUGUUAUUGCUACAGGAUUCCAUGUUCUGGGAAUAAAUCCUCUGGAGAAAAUGUGAUAGAAUUGACACACAAAAUCCAUAUCAAAGCCAUUCAAUACAGCGAAAUUGGAAGACCUUAAAUCUAAUUGUACAACUUUGGUAAACAGAAAAUGUGAAUGCAAUAAAUUGUAUUUAUCACAAAUUUACA